UCAGAUUUCUUCGCAGAACCCGCCUAAACCGUUCAUCGCCCUUUGCGCAUGCGCGAAAAAUGAAGUCUUCGCCCAAUCACGAGGCAGCACAACGAUGCAAGCUCGCGAUCAUCGUAGUUUCGUUGUUUGUAAUCGUCUCGUGGGUGGGAAGAAGAGAGGGAAGAAAGCCUGUGUGAUCCCGAUCAUAACAAAGCGCCGGCCGGUUUUCUUCCGGCUGUAUUUUCGUUGCAUUCAGUGCCUUCCGAGGGAAAUAGUGAUGAUUCAUGUCCCUCUUCAAGAGGUUGACGCAAUAUUUAUCGGAUAAAAUACUCGGCCCUUCGUCAAAUAAUCAGAGUGCUGUGAACAUGUCGACAAUUAAACUUCCACAUGUGAUAUCAGUGGAUGCAGACGACGAGGACACCCCUUCCUGGAGAGGAAUCAGGCACGAGGGCAGUCAGUUUUUUGACGAAGUAGAAGAAGAGACGAUUUCGAGAAAUGAUGACGCAUUGAUCAGCGAGGACACAACUGUCAAAGAUGGGGAGAACUUCUCCGAAUUGGCAAUCAAAUCGGAGUACCCGGAGGAAUGCAUCGACAUCGACGAUUACGUUUACACACAAAUAAGCUUUGUUGAAUUAUCAGACGACGAGGACGACAAUCAACCGCUGCCAGGGAGCUCCAGGGAACUCCAACCGGACAUUAAAAAUCAAAGAUCGGCUGACCCCGACGAUAUCAGCCCUAAAAACUCCACAGAAAAAUUUAAUUCACCAAAAAUCUGCAAAGGGAAGAAACUCGAUGAGUUUGAAACUGAUGUGUCGGUUCCUGAAGUGCAGGACUCAAUCACACGAGAGGAUUGUGAGGCAAAACGUGAAGUUAAUCACGUAUGGGAUCAUCCUCGAGUCAACAAGGAUUUGGAUUCGAUGAAAUCGUCUGAGGACAGGUCAUCGUACCCUGAGAACACAAACUACAACAUUAAUUUCAAGUCUUUUGAUAAUCUGGGACCUCUUCAGCAUCUCAAGCCCUUCGCGAUUCCUGAUCAGAACAGAAUCUUAAUCGAGAACAACUCUUCGGAAACCGAAGAAGGGGGCUCUAUCGAGAGGAACGAUUUGAUUGAUGGUCUUGAAGAGACUGGGGGAGCCAAUGAAGUGAUGUUAAUGCUUAAUACUGAUACUUCAUUAUGUCGCGAUGAUGUCAAAUUUUCUGGGGUUGACGAGAUGAUUUCGAAUUUGGAUGGCGACCAGGGGAGAGAUAAUCACGAGAUUAAUGAUCAAAUCCCAAAUUGUGCUGAACACGUUUCAAAAAAUAGAAACAAUGGAGAGGAGUCUGAAGAGAAUAAUUCAGAAAUCACUGAUAAUAGAAAAAAAAAGGAAGAAGAGGAUGUUAAUGCAAUUGAAAAUUCUGAAAUGAUAGAUUCAGAAGGGGAAAUCGUUCGUAAAGAAACGGUUGGAGUUGAUCAACAAAUCGAUGAGCACCAGGAGACGAUGUGGUUCUCAGAAAUUCUGAAGGGAGACAAUCGAGAGGGAAUAAAUACUUCAGGGGCUGAUGAGGAUCUUGUCCCACAAGAGAGAAGUAACGAAUCGAUUUAUGAUCCUGAGGAUCCCUUUAUGAAUAUCACUGUUGAGUCCCAGAUGCUUGAUUUUGAUGAAAAGCUCGACGAAGAAGAUGCGAGUGAUCCAUCAAUCGCCACAGACUUCGACUUUUCUGAUCAAGACUUGGAGGAAAAUGAUGAUACGGAGCCAGAAUCGACGGAGACUUCAAGCAUGAGCAGUUAUUCUGGAGAUCUACUGGUGGCAAUCGAUAAUCUUCAAGAAAGUCUUCUAAAUAUUUUUGAAAAUGUUCCGAAUAACAGUGAUGAGAUCAUUGAACGUGAUGGGAUUGAAUUUGUCGAGGGAAAUAAUUGCAGAAAAAAGAUUUCCUUCGAAAAAAUGGAGAUCAUAACUGAUGUGCCAGAAGAUGCGAAUCAAGGCCACAAUAUUAAAGCAAUUCCUGAUGAAACAGUCCCUAGAGGUUCAGAAGAUGCGGAAGAAGUGAUCAAUAGAGAGGAGACAAUGAGAGAAUGCCCGGAGAACCCAACAGAGAUACACGAGACAAACAAUUGUCAGGAAGAGGACAAUGACUCAGAUGGGACCCUAUCUAUGACGACUACAGUUAGUAUGGAGUUUCUUGAUGAUCAUAUCGAGCUUAAUGAUAUAACUAAGGACUUUGAAAACAUAACUCCACGUGCUAAAUCCAUGGGAAUCCAUAUGUCGGUGGGAAUUCAUGAGAGGCUGAAGAGGAAACUGGAAGGAUUUGAUGAUGAUAUGGCUCUAGAGAGGGCAGCGAAGGUACGGAGGUGUGAGGAGACUGAUGUCAAUAAUAUUCUUGCUUGCAACAUUGGUAACAUCGAGAGUGUGAACGUUGGUGAAGAAGAUCUGCUUCCAACAAUUCAAAACUCGACAAAUGUUGAUAAGAGCAAUAUUUCAGACAAACUUUCCCCCUCGAUACGGCAGAAUAUGUCCUUUCGAGAUACAGAAGUUGAGCAAAGGAAUGCAUUCGUCUGCCAACCAAAUACUUCAGAGGUGGAACUGAUCGUCGAUGUCAAGGAGUCGGAGAACUCAUCACGAAUCUCCUCACCCACUUCAGACAAUUUUCCAUUCUGUCCCUCGGAUGAUUGCCAAGAAGGAAGAAUUCAGAACACGCCUCGCGCUCGAAGGUCACCGGCUCCAUCGAGGAGGUUCAAUCUGAGUGAGUCAUCAGACUCUGAAGAAUUCCUUACAACGAAUCUUCUGAGUCCCCCACAAAUCCUAGAAAAAUUUCCAAAGAUUCAUGAUUACAACUACGGGAGUCCGAAGAAAUUGAGGAAGAGAUUCCGAAAGCGAUUGUUCGUGAAAAAAUCAGACUCCUCAAUGAUAUUGCCAGCUGUUCAGUCUUCAAAUGAUGGAAAAAGAACUCCAAAGCCUCGUAAAACAACUCCCGCUAGCUCUUCGAAUGUGAUGAAACUGAAAAAUUCCUCGAAAAUGAAGAUCGAUGACGUCCUCGAGAAUCUUACUCGCUCCCAGAAGAGGAAGCCAUCUUCGGAAGAUUAUAAUUCCGGUGAUGAUGAGAAUAAUCCGCACGUCGAACCGAAGUCUAAUAAACCAUUAUUUUCAAGCAAGAAAAAAAAGAGGAAAUUGUUUAAUCGAUCUGAUUCCGUUCAAGAUUUGUCACAAUUCGUGCAGGAAUCGAAGGAAAAUCCGUUUGAGAAAUCACCACAGAAGACCUUGAAGCCUUUGAAAGGACUUCGAAGGCUUGAAUCUCCAGCAAAACCGUCAGAGUCCACGGAUGAAUGUCAAGUGAGUCCCAAGAUCACCAAUUCUGUACCUCUACUAUCUCCUCAAGUUGUCAAGAGCCAGAUCGUUCCUGUGAUGAGUUCAGAACCGCAUCUUGUAACCGACGGCUUCAUCUCUUCGACCAGCACAUCCUUAAAUGAUGUGAAUGCUUCUUCUGGGAUUGCUAACGCAUCAGACAACUCUCCGCAUCGUUCAACAGAUCCUCAGAAGACGGACAGGGAGCAGGACACUUCAAAGUUUGAAGAAUCAAAUACAGCUGAAAUUAAUUUUUCAGAAGCUGCAAAAGGUACUGAGUCUUCCUCUGAUGGGAGUGAAAAGUUCAUAGAUUCGGAAGUAUUGGAUUCUUCGGUUGGAUCCUUGAGAAUUCCAGAAGAUGAGGUUGAAAAAGUUAAACGUCUUGUCUUUAGUUGGAUGGAGAAUAAUCAUGAAGAAGUUCAUCAGGAAGACUGUGUUCAGAAGGAUAGAAAUUCAACAGACUUGGAGAGUGUGGAUUCCAAUAUUUCUCCGGGAAAAUCUCUAGAAAUUUUCAACGAAAAUAUGAACAUCCAUGUGGCUCAACAGUCUCAAUGGACAGCAGACACUCCUGAAGAAUUUCCCAGGGACAUAUUUCAUGAAGAGAGUGGAGAUAUCCCAAAGUUUCAAAAUCUGGAUUACAACAGUUCUACAGCAAAAUCUCCAGAUACUUUCGAGGAUAAUGAGAGAGAGAUGGAAAUAGUCGAUGUUGAAAUGUCUCAGCAGACAACAGAUACUCCUGGAGAACCUCCUAACGGCAUAUCUUGUCAAGAGAGUGAAGAGUUCCCAGGGUGUGGGAAUCUGGUUUGCGAAAGUUCUUCAGUAAAGUCUCCAGCAAAUGUUGAGGAGAGGAACGAAGACAUGGAAAUCGUUGACGCUCAGAUGUCUCAAUGGACGAGAGAUACUCCUGGAGAGCCUCCCAAGAAUAUACCUAUUCCGGAGAGUGAAGAUUCCACAGGAUUAAAGGAUGUAAAUUCCAACAUUUCUACAGUAAAAUCUACAAUGAUUUGGGAGGAUAAGGACCAGGAGAUAGAGAUCAUUGGCAUCCAGGUGUCUCAGUGGAAGAUAGAUACUCCUGGAGAACUUCUUAAGAGCAGACAAGAGAGUGAAGAGUUGGCAGUGUGUAAGGAUCUACGUUGUAACGUUUCUCCAGCAACUUUUAAGAAUAAGGAGGAAGAGAUGGAAACCAUUGGCGCAAAAAGGACGCCAUGGACAGAGGAUAGUCGUAGAGGUCCUCCCCAGGAUACGCUUUCUCAGAAAAGAGAAGAUGCCGCAGAGCUUAAGGAUAUAGAUUCCAAUAUUUUUCCUAUAAAAUCUCCUGAAUUUUGUGGAAGUCCUAGGGAAGAAAUAGAAAAUCCUGCGAGUGAGAUGUAUUACCGGACUCCAAAUAUUCCUGGCGAAAGCGUGCAAGACAAGAGUCAUCAGGAACCUGAAGAUUUGACGGGUUUGGAUCAUCUGGAUGCCAGCGUUUCUGCAGCAAAAUCAUCAGAAGUUCUCGAGGAUAAAGAAGAACCAAUAGAGCUCUUAAGGACUGAAGCCUCUCACUGGACUCCGAGUAUUACCGAUGACCUUUCCUCACUUAUUUCCCACAAAAAUCACGAGGUGUCAAUAAUACCCCUAACAGUGUCAGGAAUCCAAACCCACCCAACUGUCUGUCAACCUAGAGAGACUCAAUCUCUGAAUCUAAAAGACGAUCAGAUAGUGACGACAGCUUCUUCUCGUUCCUCGGCGCAGGAAUUAAUGCUUCCAGAAGUCAUCACCCUAUCAGAUCCCUCUGACGAUGAUGAGGGGUCAGUCCAACCAGUUCAGGAAUCAGAAAUUCCCCCACGAUGUUCGUCAACUUUCCAUGUAGAUCCUGAUCGAUUUCCGUCGCCUUCAGAACUUUCAAAACAGGAAAGACCCUUUAAAUUCGUUUCAACGCCAAAAGAAAGGAUAACCCCAUCCCCACCCCCUUCACCGGCAAUUGGAGAUGAGGAUUUUAACACAGAAAGUCUUGUCAAAGCCUUGAUUUCCUCUCAGCAUUUGAUUGGAAAUAAUGAAAAUAUUCCAGGGUUCCUUCACAUCUCUCAACUUCGUACGACUCCUUCAGUUGUACCAAGGGAAUUUUCAGAACCAUCACCACGACCAGGUCCUUCCCAGGGAAGUGAAACUUGCAGCACAAACUCAAGAUCCGAUUUCCAUAGCCCUGAGACUCCCAAACGCAGCAUUCGAUCGGAUUUUCUUCACAGCCAGGACGAUAGAGACUCUGAUGGCUGUGCCUCCUCUCUGGAGACAGUUUCAAAUCCUCCUCGAUCUCUCAUGUCUGAUGACUCGGACUAUCAGGCACUGGACGAUGGGCGAUCGAAGCACACAUUUCCCAAGAAAUCGGUGAAACCCAAGAAAAAUAAAGUUAGGAGCAAUGUCGCCUCUGAAUCAUCACCAGCAUCAAUUCUAACUCCAGUAUCUGGACCUUCUCAAUCCCACGAUAAUAGUAAUAUCAGAACUCACCUUCUGAAGCCCAGGAUCCAUCACCCAGCUGGUGAACAAGCGCAACUGGUGUACGCGGACACUAGUAAAACAAUCACCACAAAGCUGCAUAAGGAGAUCAACGCAAAACCAGGACCUAAUGUCAGGAUGAAUACACCUGAGGGGGUGCUGGUGCCACUUAUGAAUCAUCAGAGGGAAGCUCUUCCCUGGAUGAUGUGGAGGGAGACUUGUAAACCUGCUGGGGGAAUUCUUGCUGAUGAUAUGGGACUGGGAAAGACUAUUCUCACUAUUGCUCUGGUUAUGGAGUCACUUAAUCGAAAUCCUCCGGUUAGAGGGGGUUCUAGCAGGGAUGGACCUCUUGGGGGAACUCUAAUCGUGUGUCCAGCUAAUUUGAUUACUCAGUGGUACAACGAAUUCGAGGAAAAAAGUACUAUAGGCAGAAUGAGAAAAUACCACAAGGACAAAGAAAAUAAUCCUAAAAUUCUUGCCAAUUCAGAUGUAGUAAUAACAACCUAUGACACCCUAAAUCGCAACUACAUGACUCCCCAUCAAGUCCUCUUUAAAGUACAUUGGAGACGAGUAGUGCUGGACGAGGCGCACGUGAUUAGGAAUCCAAAUUCGUUGAAAUCAAUUCGCAUUGCUGAAUUAACGACGGACAAACGUUGGUGUCUGACUGGCACCCCAGUCCACAAUAAAAUCGGUGAUCUCUAUCCCAUCAUGAGAUUCCUGGACCUCGAGCCAUUCAAUGAUCAGGGAGUUUUCAAUAGAUUAAUCACUAAAAACGAGAAGAUGGGGGCAAAACGCCUCUUCUGUGUCAUGGAGUGUGUGAUGCUGAGACGAACUAAGGAGGGAUUGGUGGCUUUGGGUGCUAUGCCGCAGCUUCCACUUAAAACCAUUAGAACAAUUACUAUUGUACUCGUCCAGGAGGAGAGACUGGUCUACGAUAAAGUGAUGACCCACUCAAAGACACUUUUUAUUCAGUAUCUCCACCAGAGACAGCAGAAGGCGAGGGCUAGGGAGACAGGAUUUAACUUUCUAGCUGACUACAGAACGUACACACUAUCGAAAUCCCAGCAGAGAUUCCUAAACAGAAGAGAAAUUAUCGAGCAGCAUCACAUACUGACGUUGAUCUUAAGAUUGAGGCAGAUUUGCUGUCAUCCAUCCUUGAUUUGGCAGAUGCUGGAUAAAAAUGAAUUUAAGGAUGCUGGUCUGGAGGAGAUGAAGAAUCCUGCACCCUUGCAGGCGGUAGUCAGGGAGGCUGACAGUUUUAUUCUGAAUCAGGUGAAUCCAGACGACGUCAACAAUGACGAUGAGGAGGACGAUGGGGAAAUUGGAGUGGACGAGAGCAUUGUCGAGGAUCAUCGUCUCCUGCAUUCCGAAAAUCCUGUUUUCAGGAGGGAAAGGAAAUCUUCAAAAAUGGUGGCUAUUCUGAAGAAAAUAGAGGAGAUAAUGAGGAAUGGGGAGAAGAUUGUUGUUGUCUCUGAUUGGGUUCAGUAUCUCACUCUCAUUGGGGAGCAUCUUAUGAACAUCGAAGGGAUUGGUAAAGAUUCGUUCAAAUUUUACACAGCAAAUACUAAUUAUUCAGCGAGAGACAGGAUUGUCGAGUGCUUUAACACAGAAGUGAAUCCGAAGAUUCUUUUACUGUCGUUGAGGGCCGGAGGACAGGGACUGAAUCUGAAUGCUGCUAAUCAUGUGAUAAUCGUGGAUGUUCACUGGAAUCCACAGCUGGAGGUUCAGGCUCAGGAUAGGGUUUACAGGAUUGGACAGACCAGAAACGUAUUUAUUCAUAAGUUCAUUUGUCAGGACACUAUUGAAGAGAGGAUCGUUGAACUGCAGAUCAGAAAAUUGAAGAUUGCUGAGAAUGUACUGUCAGGACAACGGGGAGGGGCCUCGGGACUGGGAAUCGAUGAACUGAGGUCGUUGUUCAGUCUGUGAGGAAAUAUGGGUGCGGUAAAAUAGUCGAAUAAGAUAGGCAGACGGUCUAAAUAAGGAUGAAAUAAUUGUCGAUUAUUAUAUUUUUUUUAAUAAGGUUUUUACUUAAUUAAGGAGGUAACAGAGUUAAGUAAGUCUACGAUGCCAAGGAGAAGAUUUAUUUUUAUUUUAUUUUUUUGUGUUGGGGAAAUGCAACAAUUGGAUGAAUUCUUAGUGAAUUCAGAGCAACAAACGCGCGUGCAUUCUUUUUUGUUUAUGAAUUGAAAAAAUAGAUGGAAAAAUUGUUUUUUUGUGUAAAACUCAUUUCCUUAUUUAUUUCAAGAAUUAAACGGAAUUGGAAUGAUUUCGUAAAUGACUUUACAUUGGAAUUCGUCCAAAAUGUUUUUUUUUCAAUGAUUCAAGGGAUCAAUGUGACAUUUUUUUUCUUUUUUUUCGUUUACGUGUGAACAAUCUGAAAUAUUUAAUUAUUUAUUAGACUAAAUUCAGAGUGAUCGUUGUUGAAGUAAUGUCAGGUAAUUUAUAGUGUUGUCUCUGUCUACUAAAAAUUGAGAACUGGUGGUUUUGACGAAUCACUAUUACUGUUUGUGUUUCAAAUUCUACGAUAGAAAAAACAUUGACAAAUAUUUUGGGAAAGUAGAUAUAGAUUAUGAAGUUGAGGCCUGAAGUUUGGAGAAUGUGCUAGCAUCUGAUUGUUGAUGAUUAAGGUUAAAAAUAUAUAUUACUGAAGUGGUUGUAAGUUAAUAGCUGUUAAGUUCUUCAAUCUUUGUCUUGUUAUUUUUGCCGAGAAGAUUAGAUUCCUCUCAAAAAGUGAAUAAAUACUCGUGUUGCGAUAGGUCUAAAUUUUAUUGGGAACAUGAAAAUUAUUCACAACGUUCUUUGUGUGGGUUUUCUUGGCAAUAUUACAGUUAUAUUUGAACUAAGUGAACUCAACAGUAUGAAAUCGAAACCAUUAGCACCCUUUGACAGGGCGUUUAUUUUUCUACUGAGAAUGUGAUGAAAAACGUUGAAGUCAUUUAAUUAUGAAAUCCUCUGUAUUAUGAACUAGUGA